GCUUAAUUUCAUAAUAAUUAUAUAAAUAUUUCUAUCAAGUUUUUUUAAAAUAACCACGAUCAGUAUCUGAGCAAAAUGGAUACGGUAGUAAAAAAUUUACUCGAUGAGGAGCCUGAAGAGGAGAAAAAGGGACUAGUAAUAUUUGGUAGGGACGUCUCCAAGAUACCGUGUUUCAGAGAAAGCUUUCUGUAUGGCAUUGCAACUGGAACAGGUGUUGGUCUAGCAGCAUUCAUUAAAACUUCUCGGCCUAUGUUAUCACAGCACAUAGGAGUAGGGACAUUUUCAAUGACUACAAUGAUAUACUGGUGUUACUGUAGGUACCAAUGGUCUAAACAACGAUUUGAUGCUCAAUUAUUACAAGAUGCAUUGAAAGACAAAAUUCUUUAUGAAGGUACUAUAGUUGAGAAAGAGCUUGAACAAAAAGGUGUUCUCAAAUCAGCAUGAGACUGUUAUUAAGUAAACUAUUUAAAAAAAUCACAACACUGUUUCUGUUUACAAAAAAAAAAUGUUUAACUUUAUUAAUUGUUCAAUUUGCUUUAAACCCUAAUAACCUGUUAUAUUAGUACAGUAUAGAAGAGAUUUUAUUUUAUUUUGAAUUUACAAGUAAAUUUUUAUUCAUACACAUGAGCAAAAUGUUUCAAGAUGUUCUUAAAGUUGUGGCUAAAUACUGUACAUUAUUUACAUUUAUCCUGUAUCCUGUAUAAACUAGAUCAAUAAUUGUUAUUGUUAUUGUAAAAAAUAAAGAUUGUUAUGCAAGUAGAUCUAGGUCUAAAUGUAUUUAAUCAAUGUAAUUAAUCCAGAGUUUAAAACUUCAAUCUAGACCGCAAAUAUAUGUUUUUUUAAGUAUAACAAGUGGUCUUUUGAAUUAAUAACAUUUUGUAAGCAAUAUGUAUUUUUAGUAGGUAACUUUGCACUUUGUUUGUAGCUGUAUAAAUCAUGCUAAUCAGUUGUGUUCAAGAUAAUAUAAACUAAACAUGCAGAUAGUGUUUUGUAUAAAUUAUGUACAAGUAUUGAAAUGUAUAGAUGUUAGUGUAGUUAAUUAAAAUUGUUAUUUUACUAAA